AUGCCAGGCUUCGACUUCUCCAACUACAACCGCAAUGCAGCCUUGCAUGCGCGAGGCGUCCCGCUGCCCAAGGCGACCAGCACAGGUACCACUAUCGUAGGAUGUAUAUUCGACGGAGGUGUUGUCAUCGCAGCUGAUACCCGAGCCACGAGCGGGCCCAUCGUCGCCGACAAGAACUGCGAGAAGCUACACUACAUCUCGCCCCAGAUCUGGUGUGCUGGUGCUGGUACAGCCGCCGACACCGAAUUCACCACCGCCCUCAUUUCUUCCCAACUUGAAUUGCACUCUCUAUCUACCGGCCGCAAGCCCCGCGUCGUCACAUGCAUGACCCUGCUGAAGCAACACCUGUUCCGGUACCAAGGCCACAUCGGCGCAUACCUGGUCGUUGCCGGCGUCGACCCCACAGGAACCCACCUCUUCACUGUGCACGCGCAUGGCAGCACCGAUAAGCUUCCUUAUGUGACUAUGGGUUCGGGUUCAUUGGCCGCCAUGUCGGUGUUCGAGACGCAAUGGAAGCCGGAUUGCACCCAGGAGGAUGCCAUGAAGCUGUGUUCCGAGGCCAUCCAGGCUGGUAUCUUCAACGACUUGGGCUCCGGUUCGAACGUGGAUGUGGCUGUCAUCACGGCCGACAAGACGACUUUACACCGCGGCUACGUUAAGCCGAAUGAGCGCAGCCAGAAGCUGAAGAAUUACAAGUUCAAGCGGGGCACGACAGCCGUGCUCAACGAGAAGAUCAUUACGAAGGACGAGAUUGGCAAAUACGUGAGCGUGCAAGAGAUGCCCGUGGCGGAGGUGGAAAAGAUGGAUGUCGAUUCUUGA